AUGGAUUCAUCAUCUUGUUUACACAUAGCAAUGUAUCCAUGGUUUGCCAUGGGCCACCAAACUGCAUUCCUUCACCUAGCUAACAAGUUAGCAAAAAAAGGUCACACUAUCACUUUUUUCACACCUAAAACAGCACAAUCUAAAUUAGAACCAUUCAAUCUCCACCCUCAAUCUAUCACUUUUGUCACUAUCAAAGUUCCCCGUGUUGAAGGUCUUCCUCCCAAUGCAGAAACAACUGCUGAUGUUCCAUAUCCUUUACAAACACACAUCGUGACCGCCAUGGAUCUAACACAACCCGACAUCGACACUCAUCUCACUAAUCUCAAACCUCACCUUGUUUUCUAUGACUUUACACAUUGGAUGCCAUCUUUAACUAAGCGUUUAGGCAUCAAAGCUGUUCACUAUUGCACAAUUAGUUCAGUAAUGGUUGGUUACACUCUAACACCAGCUAGAUAUUUAAAGGGAACAGAUUUAACAGAAUUUGAUCUCAUGGAACCUCCCUCCGGUUACCCUGAAUCAUCAAUCAAGCUUUAUAAUCAUGAGGCUAAAAUCUUUGCUGCUAAAAGGAAAGAAUUCUUCGGUAAGAAUGUUCUUUUCUAUGACCGGCAAGCCAUUGCUUUGAAUGAAGCUGAUGCAUUGGGAUUCAGAACAUGCAGAGAAAUUGAAGGACCUUAUCUUGAUUACAUACAAAAACAGUUUAACAAACCGGUUCUUACUUCAGGACCUGUUAUACUUGAAAAACCAAAUUCUGUUUUGGAUGAAAAUUGGUCUACUUGGCUUGGUGGAUUCAAAACAGAUUCAGUUGUUUAUUGUUGUUUUGGAAGUGAAUGUGUUUUAAGACCAAACCUCUUUCAAGAAUUAAUGCUCGGUCUUGAGUUAACUGGCAUGCCAUUUUUUGCAGCUUUGAAACCACCUUUUGGUUUUGCAACAGUUGAAGAAGCGUUGCCAGAAGGGUUUGCAGAAAGAACAAAAGGAAGAGGUGUUGUUUAUGGUGGUUGGAUUCAACAGCAACUGAUUUUGGAACAUCCUUCUGUGGGGUGUUUCAUUACACAUUGUGGUUCAGGUUCUUUGUCUGAGGCAUUGGUGAAUAAAUGUCAAUUGGUUUUGUUGCCAAACGUUGGUGAUCAGAUAUUGAAUGCUAGGAUGAUGGGAAAUAACUUGAAAGUUGGUGUGGAAGUUGAGAAAGGUGAAGAUGGAUUGUAUACAAAGGAUAGUGUUUGUAAAGCUGUGAGCAUUGUGAUGGAUGAUGAGAGUGAAAUGAGUAAGAAAGUGAGAGCUAAUCAUGCUAAGAUCAGAGAGAUUUUGCUUAAUAAAGAUCUUGAAUCAUCUUAUAUUGAUGAUUUCUGCAACAAGCUUCAAGACAUUGUUGCGGAAAAGAUUUGA